AUGAAAUUUUGUGAUUCUUUGCUCACACAAGUGACAGCAAUUAAAAAUGAAAAAAACGAUGAAGAUUUUUUAGCCUGUUUGAUGCCACGUAUAAAAUUAUUUGUUUUAGUUAUACACAUCUUAACAGCUCGUGUAGCAGCAACAUCGACUCAGGAGGCUUGUCAAAAAAUGAAAGAAUACAAAUUAAUAGAGAAAUGGACUAUAUUACUAUUAAGCUUGUUAUGUGACGUUAGAGUACAUCGUAAUGGUGGCGGCGCAAAGAAUUUUGAAUCGAUAUUGGAUGUUGUUUCAUUUUUGUUAGACGGUGAGUUAUAA